CUUUGAACACUCCGUGUAUCUGGACAGUUUGAGAUCACACAAAAAUGAAGAGUUUCCACAACCAUCAACAAUGUCUCAGACUUGCCCAUCGACUGACGCUCAUCCAAUCAGGGAUCUACCUUCCCUGAAGCAUUCUGGAGGACCCCAAACUCCAACGCUAUCCCAGCAGCCCUCAGUCCUCUCCCUACUGGGGCAUGUCUUGCCCUUCAGAACCCUUUCGGGCCCAGACUCUAAUCCAGAGCCCUCUGAGGAAAACGCAGAUACGGUCAGACACGCCCACAGUAAGAAACGAAGCGCUGCUCUUCGUAACGGUAAAGAUGACGAUGUAGGAGGGACCUCUAGGGACGAAAGCUUCCAAGGCGGACUGAGACGCCAAGACUCGUCUCUCCAGCCCCCAGAGGACGACCAGGCCCCCCUCCCUCGAAGCAGUCCUGUCAUCUCCAGCAGAAGGAGGAAAUCCCUGUCCAGGCACGGAGGCAUCGAGGAGCCAUCUCUAUCCCCGUCUCCCCCAACCGCAGCACCUUCCCUGGGUCGGGGAGAGGCCCUGACGCCGGGUCCUGAGGGGUUGUCUGGACCGGCUGAGGUGGGGACGACUCACUGCCCACGUCCGGCGCCCCAGCCCCUGAAGCAGCCCUCGGAGCAGCCCUCGGAGCAGCCCCCAAAGCAGCGCUCGGAGAAGCCCCCAAAGCAGCCCUCGGAGCAGCCCUCGGAGCAGCCCCAUGAACAGCCCCUGAAGCAGCCCCAUGAACAGCCCCUGAAGCAGCCCCAUGAACAGCCCCCAGAGCAGCCCCCGGAGCAGCCCUUGGAGCAGCCCUCGGAGCAGCCCUCGGAGCAGCAGGGGGUUGCGGCCAGUCUGACCCGUCUCCUGACCAGCGGACUGCCCCUACGGGGGCACCCGGGCGGGCGUGGCCACGCCGGGGAGGGGAGCAGGCUGCGCUGGAGCUCUGAUGCGCUCACAAAAAGAGUGCCCAAUGACAAGAGUAAGAGGUCAAGUGAUACAACCCCAUGCCACGCUGAGUUAUACAAGACAAGCUGUAACCUGGAACAGGAGAAUGCUCACUUGGUGGUGGUGGACCUGGUUCUGGAGGUGCUGGAGGCAGUGAAGUGGACCCUGAGUCAGGGGAGCACCGGGUCAAAACACACCCAGGACCGAGGAGAGAAGACCCAGCCCAAACCUGACGCACGUCAAGACAAGACACUCUCUGGGGUUUCCGUGGACAGUGGUUUUGAAGGUGGUGAGAACAUGGCAGUUGACAAUUUAGACAGUGAGAUGGAACUGCGACCAAUAAGUAGAGGUUCACGCUUUCAAAAGUGUUUCAAAAGACAGAGGCUCCCAUCUCCCAUGAUGCAUUGCUCUGCGGAGUGUUUGGCCCAGCAGCUUGUGUUGGAGUUCAGGCGCCUAUGGUUUCCAUCCCGGGGAUUGAGGCGGGGCCGACAGAGCCUUAGGACGUCCCUCCAGGAACUCCCAGGGACACCUCCUGUGGUAAACGAUGCUAACAUUAGCCUGAGUGAGGAGAUCAGGCAAAGGACCAGGAUGAGGGGAUCCCUGAGCUGGGAGCCUCCACGCUUCCAGAUCAUCGUCACUGUACUGUCCUCUCACAGGCGCAGUGAGGUGGUUGCCAUGCAGCACUUCCUCUGCGCUGGCUGUGGGACGGAGAUAGAACCCAGAUACAUGAAGAAGCUGCGUUAUUGCGAAUACCUGGGCAAGUAUUUCUGCGACUGCUGCCAGGGAGGGGCGGAGUCUGUGAUACCCAGUCGGGUCCUGACCCAGUGGGACUUCAGCAGGUACGCUGUGAGUGACUUCUCUAAGCAGCUGCUGGACUCUGUGUGGCACCAGCCUCUGUUCGACCUCACCUGCGUCGGCACGGGUCUCUACGGUCGAGUGCGAGACCUGGACAGGUUCAGGGAGCUCCAGGAACAGCUGCUGAGCAUUAAGAGGCUGCUGAAGAAGUGCAGAUUAUCAGAAGGGGUCCUGAAGGAAUUCAAGCAGCUUCCUGAACACCUGACGCAGGGGCCACACCUGUUCUCCAUGGACGACCUUGUGGAGGUCAAACGGGGUCAUCUGCUUCCGUUGGCCAAGGAGGUGCUGCGCUCUGGCUCCGCCCAUGUGGGGAGCUGUCAGCUUUGUUUAGCUAAAGGUUUCAUCUGUGAGUUCUGCAAGCAGAAAGACGUUAUCUUCCCCUUCCAGCGCGGGAUAUGCACGCGCUGUCAAGUUUGCAAGAGCUGCUUUCACAACUCUUGUUUCAGAGAUGAGGAGUGCCCCAAAUGUCUUCGGAUCAAACUGAGACUACAAUGACUGGACACCAAAUCCUGAAUAUAAUUUAUUUGAGUUUGUGCGUGUGUCUCGUGACAGUCAUGGUUGUUACAACAUAAAAAUAAAUUCUCAAUCUCGACUCCAAUAGCAAAUCCUGUACAUGACAAGCAAUAUUUACUAUUUAGACAACUUAACUUAGUUUACUAUAUCAUCUAAAUAAAUGAUCUACAGAAAUGUUCUAAGUGUACAUAUUUUUCUUUUUAAAUGUUUGUUUGACAUGUUUUCGCAUUUCAGCGUUCUUAUGAAACAAAAUAAAUCUGUUUAAUUACAAGUGCGUUUGAAUACAGAGUAUUCUGUUAAUAAAAUGCUGUGCAUUUCCACACCACUGUUGUAAAAUAAAACUAUCUGGUAAAUUGUUUUCAUGAUUAUUUGAAUAAUCACGUAAAUAUCGUAUUAGUAUAUUGCUGCAUUGUACAUGUAAAUAAUAACAUAAUAAAUGACUUAAACCUGAUCAACAAAAAUGUUACGUUAUGAAGAUAAUGGACCCAACGCCUUAUUCACAACAAAUGAAAACGUACAUUAGUUUAUACAAUGUGUUAACAAGUAACUCAAAUGGUCGAAUAGCUUAACUUAAACAAUUGCAUAGACAAGAGCAAUACAAUUCUGGUUUGGUCUAAAAGUAUUGUCAGAAGUGGGAUUCGAACCCACGCCUCCAUUCGGAGACCAGAAUGCCCUACACCGGGAAGGAUUUUUCACCUUGAGUCUGGCGCCUUAGACCGCUCGGCCAUCCUGACAACUGUUUCAGUGAGGCAUUAAGACGCUAUUUAAAUGACAUCAACCGGCACCAAAAGGUUUAAAAUGAAUUUGUAAACUUGUUUCUAUAAUUUUCAGUUGUGUGUAGUAAGCUACGCUAUUUUUUACCAGAACCUUAUUUGAAGCGGGUGAUAUCCAAAUUUCGCACUACUUCAAAAAGGUGCAUUUGCUAAACAGAAAAUGACUGUGUGUUUUAAAAUCUACAUUUUGAUUUACAACCAAGUUGUUUUCAUAAAAGAUGUACUACACCAAAAUGAUCUGUCAGAAGUGGGAUUUGAACCCACGCCUCCAUUCGGAGACCAGAAACCCCAUUGGUAUGGAAGGUACAACCUUGAGUCUGGCGCCUUAGACCACUCGGCCAUCCUGACAACUGAGAAUAAGCGACUGAAAUAGUUAUUUUAAACAAAUGACUAUGUAUAAA